AUGCCGGUUGCAGAAAGCUACAAGGAUGGGUGGGCUAGGGUCAGGCGUCGGGUUGAGAAUCGUACAUGGAUUGGGAUGGAUUUGGAAGGCUUUGUGAGGACUUUACCUUGGACUAGUGGGGAAGUGUGCUUGAAGUAUCAGUUACCGGGUGAAGAUCUCGACGCUUUGAUCUCGAUUACCAACGAUGAGGAUCUUGAACACAUGAUGCUCGAGCACGAUCGAUUGUGUCGCCCAUCCAACAAGCAGGCUAGACUCGGGUUAUUUCUCUUCCCGCUGACCCCUCCUGCAUCCACCAGUUUCGGUUCCAACGAGACCAAAUCGGAGCGGCAGUGGUUCGUGGACUCAUUGAAUUCUGUGCAGAUCCAGCCUCUGGAAGGUUCUUCACUUCAGGCGGCGGCCUCCGAGACUAAUCCGGAUUUUCUGUUUGGGUUGGAUAAAGGGCUCGCUCCGCCUCCCCUCGUGAAAUUGCUUCCCAAGGAUUAUUUAGUGAGAUCGGAUCCAGGAUCGGAAAUUCCUUAUAAAUUAUAA